AUGUACCUCUCUAGGCAGCUUCGACCUGCCAAGCACAAGGUGGAGGCCUUGGAUGGGGAAAACGUCCACCCGUUCAUCCCAGAACUGCAAGAUGCUUUCAUGUCUUCUCCAGAGGGUGUUCCCGCUGUGGCCCAAGGGCGCUUUUUUGACCAGUGGAAGGAUUAUUUGAAUCUUUCCAAAGUUGUGAUGGAGAUUGUGGAGGAACGGAAGAAGCCUUCUCCUCCUUCUCCUUGGAAAGACCCCUUGAAAGGCCCCCGCAAAAGAGACCCCCAGCCCGUUCAACCGACCCAGCAAGGGAUUUGCAACUUUUGCAAGCACAACGGAGAGUCCAAGAAGGUCUAUUCUUCUCACACCUUGAAGAGAGCCGAUGGUGUGGUGGUCUGCCCCAUUCUACGCAAUUACACCUGCCCGCUUUGUGGGGCCACCGCCGACAAGGCCCACACCCUGAAAUACUGCCCCCACAAUAAGGCGAAGCAAUCCUUGUACCGCAGAAGCGGGCGCAACUCGGCCGGACGCCUGAUCAAGAGAUAA